AUGUCUAAACCCUUCACUUCCAAGGCAAAGGCCCACUUUGAGUCCUACUCUGUGGUUAAACGCUUGCAAAGCUACAUCUUGAGCUUUUCACUUUUCAGUGCCAUCUCCACGUACGUUGUGGCUUUAUCCAACUACUUCAAUGACCAGGUUCUUUCCCGUUUCCCAUUUGUCGUGAAGCAAUUGAGCACUCUUGACGAGUACUUUGAUGGCUUGCUCUUGGGCAACUUCGAUAAGGGUUUGGCUUUGGUCACCCAGAAGGCCAAGCAGGGCGAAGACCUUGCUCUUUCUUACAAGAAGAAGGGCCAGGACACUCUCAAUGCUUACAAGAAGAAAGGUGAGGAUGCCGUGGGUGUCUACUUGAAGCCUGUCAAUGACUACGCCUCCAGCACAGUUGAUAAGGUUUUGCCAAAGGUGCAAAACGCAGCUAAGAAGAAGGUCGAGAAGAAGGAGAAGCAGGCCGAAAACGAAAUCUCCAAGUCCAUUGAGAUUGUCAAUGACACUUACUCGCGCUCCAAGGACUUGGUCACCACCAAGUCUCAGGAUAUCUCCAACACUGUCCUUAACACAUACAACAAGGAGUUUGACUCCUCCAAGGAGAAGAACUACUACGUCAAGGUGGCCUCUGCAUCUGUCAACACUGGUGUCAAGUUGUUGAAGAGCGUCAAUUCUGACUACAUCCAGCCAUUGAAGAGUACCACACAGAGUUACGUCACUGACGUUGCCCAGCAGACCCAGCGCAAGGCUGAUGAUGUGGUGAGCAACGGCGUUGCUGAGGUUAAGAAGACUAUCAACGGUGCCGCUGAGCAGACCAACAUUGCUGUGCCCACCUCUGCCUAA